AUGUGCAGUGAUGCUCUGAAAUACUUGGAUCGGAUAUGUGACGUCGAGGGGAUACCAGUAACAGAUAAGGAACUUACCAAGAAACAAAUAAUCAAGGGUCUGAAGGCAAAUGGAAAAGUUUCAAUGGCAGUUGAACGGCCUGUCACUAAGGAGAGGAAAGAAAAAGUGGAGCGAUUGCUGUCGAUGAUCGAGCAUCAACCGGCGUCAGUUAUGCUGGAGCCUGAUGUGAUUGAUAUUUUGGUACGGUACAAUGCAAGGCUCAAGGCACAAAAGCCACCGAAAGCGCAUAGCGCCCUUGCCAAGAAAGGUGCUCGCGAUAAUGUACACCAAGCGUGCGUGAAAUCGAAAAUUGAAUCCGUUCAUAUAGGGAUGGACAACGAACUUCUACAAGAAGAUCUCGAGAAAGUGCCUAUAAAGACUUAUGAGACGUCGUUGGCAAGGCUGCAAAACCAGGAUCAGAAGGAUCCUAAUUCUCUGUGUAUCACAGAAAUGAUCCAAACUGACGGUGUUCCCAACCCUCCACCACCAGUUUAA